AGGGACGCACGAUAUCCCUAAACUAAAUAUACGCCACGAUUCCUACUACUAUACGGCCCCCAACUCCUCCCAUCCAAUCCCCCGCCGUGUUUCUGUUUCGAUUCUUUUAAGGUUAGGUUAAUCGUCUCCUCUCCGGCGGCCAUUUGUGUAGAUGCAAGCUGCCGCUACCUAGCCCUCUCCUCGAUCGAUCUAUUAACUAUCCUUUUGCACCAUAUCUAUUCCAUGGAUUUCCUUCCAUCCAUAUUGUAAGAUGGUGGUGUCCAUCGACAUCGUCAAGACCACCCGGGGGCGGAGCAAGUCGUGUUUCGGCUGUUUCAGCCACCACGAAUAUGAGCCGCCGUCCUCCGCCGUCUCCGACGACCGCAAGUCUCUCCUCCGCAGCUUCUCCGGCUCCCUCAAGUCUUUGUUCUUCAAGACACCCUUUGUGAAGAAGCUUCGGAGCAAGAGGCACGGGCGGGAGUCGAGCCGAUCGAGCAGCAGCAUCAAAAGCAGGAGGUCGUCGAUCCAUUCCAAGGAGAAGAAAUCGAAAUCGACGACGGAUGAAUUGACGUUCUCGGAGCCGGAGGAAUGCUUCGGGGACACGGCUUCUUCUUCCGACAAGUCGUCGUCGCUGUUGACAUCGACAUCGCCGGCCUCGUCGAUAUCGGAGGCAGCGUCGGGCGAGGAUUUCCGGCACGCAAGCGCCAAAAACAAGAUUAAACUGACGGUGAGAAGAGUGGGGAGCAUGGUUAAUUACAGAGGGAUGUGUCUGAUCCUCAGCUGCUUGGCGGCAUUGGUGUUUUGGGGGAAGGCGUUGGCCAUUGUCACCUGCACUUUAACCUGGCUGCUCUUCGGACCAUCCAGCUGCGCCGUACCCACCCGGCGGUUCGCCUGCAAUUGGAAGACCCAACCCUGACCCUGACCCUGACCCGUUGGAUAUGUACCAGAAGAAUGAAUAUUCAGUAUAUUUUUAAUUGGUAGAUGAUUUUUGCUGCUGGAGUUUGUUGUAAUUAAUUAAUUGGUCGUUAUGGAGUUUGCUCUCCAUUUCAAUGUUUAAUUAAUUUUAAUUUUCUUUA